GCCUGAAAGGAGAGACAGAGAGAGAGAGAGAGAGGAAAGGUUCUGUCUGUGUGUUUUUCUUCCUCUUCUCUGCUUCAAUCGGCAGACUUUGGUGUGUAGGCCCAUUUGUCCACCACCCCACCUCCCGACUUCAGUACCGCCAUUAGAAAUCAAACGAAACCUGAGAGAAAGAGAGAACGCGAGACUUCGGGAAGCUUCUCUAUUUCCCUCUUUCUCGCAUCUUUUUAAUCCUCUGUAAAUAAAACAACUGUCAAUCGUCAACGCCUGAAUUCAUUAUCCUUCCCCCCACCCAUUAUCCAUAAACGUCACAUCUUGAGUUCUUGAUCUGUUUCUGUUUUUUUUAAGCAAUUCUGAGCUGGGUUUGAUCUCGUCUGCGAAAUUCAAUUCACUUUAUACAGGCCUAUUGUGUCUGUGAUGUUGUGGAGGAUCGUGUUUAUCAUUUGGUGAUAUCUUGUCUUUGCCCACCAUGAAUUUUGGGUUUCUUCAUAAUCUCCCUUGGUUUGGAGUCCAUUCAGACACGGGUUUUGAAUCCGUGCCCAAAUCUACUGAUGUCACAGUGGAGUCAUCUAAGCAACGAGUUAUCUUUGAUAUUAAGCUCUGGGGGAGUUGGUCCUUGAUGUCCUUGUUUCCUUGGGCUAUCAAUACGAGGAAUAAGAUGCAAAUUCCACCAACGUUGAACAGAGAGUUGCAGAAACAGACCCAAGGGCGUGGAGUAAUUGGACCUAGUUCUCGAUCUUCUGUUCCUCCAUUUAGGCCAUAUGUUGCUAAAGUACCUUGGCAUAAAGGGUCAAGAGCCUUCCUUUCUCAGCUAUUCCCACGUUAUGGACAUUACUGUGGGCCCAACUGGUCAAGUGGAAAGGACAAUGGGUUGCCUCUUUGGGACAAACGACCAAUUGACUGGUUGGAUUUCUGUUGCUAUUGCCAUGACAUUGGUUAUGACACCCAUGAUCAGGCUAAGCUUCUGAAGGCUGACCUUGCAUUCCUUGAAUGCUUGGAAAGACCUUAUAUGAGCAUAAAGGGAGAUGCACAUAUUGCUCAUCUUUACAAGACAAUGUGCAUCGCAGGUCUCAGGAAUAUACUUAUACCCUACAGAAGACACCUUGUGGCAUUAGAGACAGGGCAACCACUGAUUGCUUUUGGAUGGCUUGGCAGUUUGAUUGGAAGAGAAACCGAACACACAGACUUGAAAUCAUAGAGCCUUGGGAAACAAUGGGCAAGAAAAUCUAGGCAUUUGUUCCAAUUGAGUGUUG